UAAUACUAUACGUAUUCUAAGUUGAUUUCAUAGAAAUUUUAUUCCCAUAAUUAAUUAUUAUUAUUAUAAUUAUUGUAUUACUCAACUCCAUCGACGAUCGAUGGCAAAGACGGCGGCGUCAGUGGCAGUUAGAAGCCUGGCCUCCGUGGCAUACUUCGCCGCCGCCGUUUCGAUGCUCUUCGCCUACCAAAGAUUCUUCGCUAUUGCAAAUUCUCUUGCGAGCGCAUACAAUUUUUCCACUCUUUGCAUUCCCUCUGGUUCUAACCUGUGGCGGAUGGUGGUACUGGUCGAUAUGGCUUCCACCAUAGUGCUGGUCUCGAGCCUGUCGGUGAGUGCGGAGAGCUAUCAUUUGCUGAACAAUGGAAGCCCAAAAGUGGAAUGGUCAGCCGUGUGCGGCGUUGCUCGUCAUUUUUGCGGCGUUGUAUUUGCAGCCUUAGCCCUUGGCGCAUGUGGUUUACUCCUCAAUCUUGGUCUUCUCUUCUAUUCUCUCCUCAUCAUUUUCAAUCCUCAUUCCUUUGGGGACUUCAUUUGAUUUGAAGGGAUGGAAUUGAAGAGAAUUGGGAAAUUUCUUGGUUUUUGUAAUAGGAAGAAUUUAUCUAGAGAGUAGUAUUAAAACAUAGUGACUUUU